AUGACAGUCACUGCCAAGACGCCGAUAAGCCAAUGUGUGAAGGCAAGCGAUUUUCGUCGUCAUGGUGGUGUGACAUUCAGUGGUCUGGCUGAAGGUGAAUAUCUGGUACAAGUGGAAACAAUCUCGAUGGCCUCUCUCUCAUCGCAUGGUGUCAAAGAAAUUGCUGUUUCGCAUAAGUUAUUCACAGUGGUAAAACCAACAGUUUUCACACCAACUGUAAGUAUUUGGCUGUUUUUAUUACCUUCAAAAUUUGAUCGUUGUACUUAA